AUGCCCUCACCGGACGUCGUCGUCGCCACGUCAUCAUCCACAUCAUCAGAAUCUGAUCAACCGUCCAGAAGAGCGCCGAAGAACCCGCCGCUUCCGUCCGAAGAGAUCCAUCUACCGGGACCGCAUCCGGCACGUGGCAUUUACGGAUUCGCACUCUACAUCGUCUCCUGGUGCCUUCUCGUCAUCUACCUGAUCUGGGCGAUCACUCCGGUGCCGAUUUUGUAUCGAUUGGGUCAGUGGGAACGGCCUCGAAUUGAGAACCAAGACGAACAGUUUAAAAACAUUUUUAAGGAGGCCUGUCAGGCCUGUCACUAAAAAAUUAGUGUGCCCGUGUAAAAACUUUAAAAAUUUAUUUGCCAAAAUGAUUUCGCCGAAUGUUCCAGGAAUCACAUACAUCCCCUCAAAACUUUGGGCCCUCGCCAUCGGCUUCUUUUUCUUUUUGGCGCCCGUCCUCUACGUCUCGGCCAUUUUUCUCAUCAAUUGCUGGAAUUUCAACGGCUACAAAAUCUUUGACGAUAUUCAAGUAACCAUUAGUAACCCCAUUUCCCAUCCAUUCUAUCCAUUUUUUUGUAGGAAGUGACUCACGACUUUGGAGAGCGUUCCACUUCGGUCCCAUCCACUACUAAACCCGUUCAAAACGCGAGAAAUCAGCCGAAAAAGGGGAGAAAAUGAUGAAAUUGGCGAAAGUUUGGGCGGUGCGAAGGGCGUUGAGUACGCGCACGGAGAUUCGGAAGACGUUGGACGAGUUCAAGCGAAAAGGCAUCAAUCGAUCGGAAAAGGUUGGGAAAGGGGGUUUUUGCGCUAAAUUUAGUCUUCAGGUGGGCGAAAUCCACAAAAGAUGGGCGGCGUACGAGCGGGAACAGCUGAACGGAACGAUGAAAACGGCGAACCCGCUGGCGGAGCGAUAUUCGACCGAGUCGAUGAUCGGAGAAAAGAUGCUCAGUCAAGAGCCCGAAUAUCAGAAGAUUUUGGCGCAAAGAGCCGGGAACUUGAAGGAUUCGAAAGAUUCUGAAGGUCCCGCCCCAUUGGAACCUUCUGAUGCCUCUUUUCCGCUGAGAUCGAUGGAUUCGGUGACUGCCGGGCCCGCUGGAUCCUUCUUCGUUCCUUCGGAACCGUCCGAUUCGUAUUCCGACUCGGAUCGUGGGUUCUACGUGGAAGCGGACGUGCUCGUGGACGAGUACGUGGCCGGAAGCACUCUCGAUUUGGACCCCGCCGACCGAAUGAUCGGAAUUCGCGAGUAUCAUGGGGCUGACGACGCCGUCGAGACCAUCUCAUUCCAACGACCCGGACAGAGAAUGGCCGGCGUCGAGGAGGGAGAGAACGGCCACGGGGUACGCGUUUUUAUGAUACCAAACUGUUUUCGUGUCAAAGUUUGCCCAGAAAUGGCUUCACAGUAUCGGGAAUCGUCUCGAACAUAAUCAUUGUUGCAGACCGCCCACGCAUCGUCGUCUGCGUCGGAGUCGGUGUCCCUCGUGGGCACAGUCGACGAACAAAUGCCGGCGAGCUCUUCGAAAUGUUCGGGAUGCGGAGCCCAUUUCCACUGCAAAGACAGCUCUUUGCCCGGCUUCAUUCCGCUCGAGAUUUUCGAGAAAAUCGAGAGAAAAUCUAGCAGAAAACGCGCGGAAAAGGAGACGAACUCGCUGUGCAAACGGUGCCAUUUGCUCAAAGAGCAUAAUUUUCUGGUUAAUUUAGUCCACUUUUGAUGCAUUUUUCAAUUUUUCAAAUUUACAGCUGAACGUGAACGUUUGCGACGUGGACUACUCACAAAUGAUGGCGGAACUCAAAAAACAGCCCGAAUCGCUUGUGGUUUUGGUCGUCGACGUCACCGAUUUGCCGGGAAGUAUCUAUCCGAAACUGGCGCAGGUGGUCGGCAGCCGAAAGCCGAUGAUCGUCGUCGGUACGUACAGUUGUUGUGUGAACAUUUUUCGCAAAAAAGCGACAUUUCAAGCCUAGAUUUUAGGCCAUUUCCGACGAUUUUCCAAGUAAUUUGUGUUUGCAGGCAACAAAGUGGACCUUUUGCCGCCGGACGCCCGCACCGGCUACAUGUACCGUUUCAAGAAGACGGUCGAACGGGCGGUGGAGAAGGCGGGCCUUCUGGAGCACUUUAACAUUGUGCACACGGCGCUCGUGAGUGCGAAAACGGGAUACGGAGUGGAGGAACUCGUCACGGAAAUCUAUUUGAAGUACACGAAUGUCCGCAUGGGAAUGCGCGGCAACAUCUUCCUCGUCGGAUGUACGAAUGCCGGAAAAUCGUGCGUUUUUUUAAAGCAUUUUCUAGCUCAUGGCCUAAGAAUCUUGAACAAGUAGUAAAAUUAGUUUGUUCUUACCCUGAAAGCCCAUCUUCCAGUACAAUGUUCAACGCACUGCUCCAAUCGGAUUUGUGCAAAGUGCGUGCGGUGGAUCUGGUGGAUCGAGCGACCACGAGCAUCUGGCCCGGAACUACGGUACCGCUGAAUUUUUCCUGAAAAAACACCCCAUAAUUUGCAGAUUUCGCUCCUGAAAUUUCCGGUGAUGAAGCCGGGACCGUACCGGCUCGAAAUGCGCCGACGACGCCUUCAGGCCCACCGCGCGUGGGUCAAAAAGGAGAUGUACGCGCGGAAACUGCUGCUGGGCGAAACGGGCGACGAUCGGUUCGCGAUUCCGACGGAAGUCAUCCAGAAUACGUACAAAGAGACGGAGGCGGAGCUGCAGCCGAUGGCACUGAGCGAAUUGAACGGAGAGGAAGAGGAAGAAGGAGAGGAAGGGGAGAAGAAGUGGACACUCGACGACGCCAUCUUCGCAAAGGGAAAGUGGUGCUUUGAUACGCCCGGAACUGUUAAUGAGAACCAGGUGAUUACCCCGGUAGAAAGUGCAGAAAUGGACAAACUGUGGGCGAAAAGUGUUGAAAAGCGAACAAUUGCCGGUAGAAUUUUCAAAUCCCUGAAGAUUUCCCUCGUUUUCCGUUUCGCAAUCUUAUUCAGUGCAGUAGAAAAAUGUAUUUGAAGAGCUCCGACAAAACAAGUUGCAGAAUUGGUUGCGAAACGGAAACUUGUGGAAAAGAGGAGAGUCAACUUUUUUAUGAACAAGAAAUUGAACAUUUUGAGAUCUAGCAUGCCUAAAUGUUUCUGAAUUUCACAAAUUCCUAUUCAGGUGCUCUCCCUGUUCACCCUGGACGAACUGGUGAACGUGACUCCGCGUCGAGUGCUGAAACCCCGUACGGCGCUCGUAAAACCGGGCGAAUCGCUUCUGAUCGGCGGAGUUGCCCGUCUGGAUAUCAUCGAUUCGCAGCACGGAAACGUGCUUUUGACGACGUUCGCGAACGAACAGUUGCCGUUGAACGUGAUGGAAACGAAAGAAGUGGAGGAGUUCUGGCGGAGAUGGCUGGGCACGCGGGCACUCGUCGUCCCACACGGAAACACAAAGAGGAUGGCCGAGUGGCCCGGAUUGGGCGGAGGGCGCGUGUUCGAGAUGAAAGGGCGCCGCGACGAAGGCUGCUGUGAUAUUGUACUUUCCUCGAUCGGAUGGGUUAUGGUCACGGCGGAGAAGGAUGUCACGUUGAAGUUAGUUGGAUUAGGCAGAUGGGCAGAAAAUGAAUAGAAGCAAAAAAGUUUCGCACCGGACGGGAUUCGAACCCGCGAGGUCUUACGACCAUAGGAGUCCCUGAAGCUCCUACGCCUUAACCACUCGGCCACCGGUGCACAGGACUGAAUUGGACACUUCCUACUCUUCUCGCAACUGUCUGGGGACCUUUUACAACUAGUACACGUUGUAAAACCACUUGUAAAGUUGCGAGAUGAGUAGGAAGUGUCCAAUUCAGUCCCGUGCACCGGUGGCCGAGUGGUUAAGGCGUAGGAGCUUCAGGGACUCCUAUGGUCGUAAGACCUCGCGGGUUCGAAUCCCGUCCGGUGCGAAUCUUUUUCAUCUUUCUACUAGAUUCGGGGUCUUAAUGUACCACAAAGUCCAAUUUUUCUCUGUAGAAAUGAUAAUAAUUGAUUUUUUGCUACAAAACUGUCAAAACUGCUGCAACUGUCUGGGGACCUUUUACAACUAGUACACGUUGUAAAACCACUUGUAAAGUUGCGAGAUGAGUAGGAAGUGUCCAAUUCAGUCCCGUGCACCGGUGGCCGAGUGGUUAAGGCGUAGGAGCUUCAGGGACUCCUAUGGUCGUAAGACCUCGCGGGUUCGAAUCCCGUCCGGUGCGAAUCUUUUUCAUCUUUCUACUAGAUUCGGGGUCUUAAUGUACCACAAAGUCCAAUUUUUCUCUGUAGAAAUGAUAAUAAUUGAUUUUUUGCUACAAGACUGUCAAAACUGCUGUACUGCAGAGGCAAAAACUCAUUUUGAAGUGCAAAUCUGGAAAAUCGGACUAUUUGUUGAUUGAUCGCACAAUUUUCAGCGCGUUCAGCCCCGACAGCAAAGGACUGACCGCCCGUGUCCAGCCGAUUCUACCAUACUCGGCGGCGCUUCGUGGAAAACGAAUUCCCGGAAGCCGAUUCUACAAAGUACCCAUUUUUACGAAUUUUUACCAUUCUUUAUCGAACCUUUUUUCAGGUCCAACCGAUCGAAUUUCCGGUGAACGUGAAGCGAAAGAGAGCGGAAGCCCGAAAGAGAGCGGAGAGAAAAACGGAGAAGCGCUUCUGA